AUGACCUCCACUCUCGACGAUGAAGACCUGUCCAUUUCCAUCGACCCGCGCCGCGGCUCCAGAGACACUCGCGCAGAGCAGCCACCGCAAGCUCCGCCUCAGGGCACGCCCAUCGUCCGCCAACCGCAACACCAGAAUCCUAAAUCGCUACCUUCGAGACUCAAUCAAUACAACAUCGUCAAAACACUGGGAGAAGGCUCCUUCGGAAAGGUCAAGCUCGCAAACCAUGUCGUGACGGGUCAGAAGGUCGCCCUCAAGAUCAUUUCGCGGCGCAAGCUCGUAACACGAGACAUGGCCGGACGGAUUGAGCGCGAGAUCCAGUAUCUGCAGCUGCUGCGGCACCCUCACAUCAUCAAACUGUAUACGGUGAUAACGACGCCGAACGAUAUCAUCAUGGUACUAGAGUAUGCCGGCGGCGAGCUGUUCGACUACAUUGUCCAACACGGCAAGAUGCAGGAAGGCAAGGCGAGGAAGUUCUUCCAGCAGAUAGUAUGUGCUGUGGAGUACUGCCAUCGUCACAAGAUCGUGCAUCGCGACUUGAAGCCGGAGAACCUCCUCUUGGACGAACAGCUCAACGUCAAGAUUGCCGAUUUUGGUUUGAGCAACAUCAUGACCGACGGCAACUUCCUCAAGACGAGCUGCGGGAGUCCAAACUACGCGGCUCCGGAAGUUAUUAGCGGCAAGCUCUACGCAGGACCGGAAGUUGAUGUCUGGAGCUGUGGUGUCAUCCUCUACGUGCUACUGGUCGGCCGCCUGCCGUUCGACGACGAAUACAUACCGGCGCUAUUCAAGAAGAUUGCUCAAGGUAACUAUGCGGUUCCGAACUACCUGAGCUCGGGUGCUGUGCAUCUCAUUAGGCGCAUGCUGCAAGUGAACCCGGUCAACAGAAUCACGAUCCAGGAGAUUCGCAAUGAUUCUUGGUUCCAGGAAGGUCUUGCGGCGUACCUUCAACCGCCGGUCGAGGACUUCCUGGAUACCGGCGUGGAUCCAAACAAAGCAUUUGACCCCAAUGCUUUGGCCAAGGGCAAGCCCGCUGCUGUCCAAGAAAAGCUCCAUGAGAGCGUAGUUGGCAAGCUGGGCAAGACCAUGGGGUAUGCUCCGAACGACGUUCAAGAAGCUCUCAUGAAGGAUGAGCCGAGUGCGAUCAAGGAUGCGUAUUUGAUCGUGAGGGAGAAUCAGUUGAUGAAGACCAACCCGAGCAUGCAGCAGGCGCAGCCAGACUUUGGCAGCUCACCGCCAACAUUCCACGCUGGAAGCAUGUUGAACUCGCCAUCCAACCGAGGCAAAGGCUCUCCGCGACCACCCAUGUCACCCAUGGCGAAUAUGGACCAUCCACGACACGGCUCCACCGGAUCUUCUUCAAUCAUCGAGUCGCGCUCUCCCGCAUCCACCGUUGCUAUUCUACCAUCAUCGCUUCCAGGCUACCAUGCGGCUUUCAUGCGUGGCACAGUCCACAAAUCGUCAGAGCCAGCUGCUGGGGAGGAUGAUGCGCACCGGCCGGGAGAAGGGAAGAGGACGAAGGAAGAACAAGACGCCACGGCACGCCGCCUCAAGCCGCACAGCAAGAGCUCCGCAAACCUACACCGUCACCCUCACGAGAAGCCGGAGCCAAUGACGAGCAUUCCUGAUGGCAGGCACUCUAGGAAGUCGAAGCCCACCAAAUGGCAGUUUGGCAUCCGAAGCCGUAACUCGCCUUCGGAAGCCAUGCUGGCCAUCUAUAGAGCUCUCCAGAAGAUGGGCGCACAGUGGGAGACGCCCAAGCUCAAGGAGCCUGGCGCGCCUGCCAGCGGCGAAGGUAGUCCCGAGAGGCGCGACGACAGAUCUCGCAGCAACAGCCCGGAGUACAGUGACUCCGACCCAGGGUCCGGCACGGAUCCAGAGUAUGCAACGCACGAAGAGCAGGAGCGACGCCGAGCUCAGCGUCAGAACGAUCGUGACGUGCAGAGGGAGGCCCGAGGCCGGGAGCGUCACGGUAAAUGGAACGAUUGGGGCUAUGCGAUUCCGGAGGAUCCUUGGGUCAUCAACGCUCGCUUCAGAAAGGAAGGCAUGUUUCCGGCCGGCGUGCCUCACCCGGCAUCUGCUCACAGUUCGCGCGUCGAUCUGAACGACCGGAGACCCAGCUCCGUGCACAUGUCAUCGGGCUCGAACACCGUUAGCCACAACUCGAGUGCAGCUGGCAGCUCGGAGAACGUGGCCGCCACUGGCCCUGCGCCGUCGACAGGAACCAACAGUCGUGCUGGCUCGGUGUACAGUGCCGGCACGAAUCCGGAUGCUGCCAGGCCAGAAGAGAGCGUGUGGGUGUAUGUGACGAUUCAGCUCUACGCCAUUGAGAAGGACUUCUUCCUCGUCGAUUUCAAGUGCGCCGGCUACGAGCGACUCGUGAAGCGCUUCGCUCGCGAGGUGACGGGCAGCAACGAGAGCGACGUCAUCAAGCGAGACAAUGCGCCCGAGGGCUACACUUCGGACGACCUCGAGGAAGACGAGAGCGGCGAGCAGCUCGUGGGAGCGGGACGUACUCAGGAGGAGAAGGAGAUUACCAGUCCCUUCCCCUUCCUGGACGUGUCGAGUAGACUGAUCAUUCAGCUGGCCGAAGCUAAUGACUAG